UGUUCGGUUAUCUGUAGCUGGUAAUAGUAUUAGUUAUCGAACUCUGUCUGGUUGGUGUGACCUAUCGUGCGAGGACUAUGGUCGGUUUAUGAAAUCUGCUAUGCCGCCGUGUUUGUGGACCUAAGUGCCGUGUCGUUGGUUUAUUCUGUUUUUAUGCUCAGAGAUAGCUUUGUGCCUCUAUAAUCUUGUAACUGGUGUCCUGUGAUAGAAUCCAGGUGUCUACAAAAUAUGUUUGAUAUAGAUAAGUGAGCAUGCUCUACGUAGCAGGUUCAUUGAUAGCUGCAGCACUUAGCCUUAAAGAUUGCUUACAGAACAAAAUAUAAGGUAGGCUUGCAACACACAAUGUCUGGUAACAGGAUUUUAUACUAAUAGGAAAUACAUUAUUAUUUGUGCCUGUCCUGCGUCUCCUCACUUUGUUUUCAGGGUGCUAAAGACAUCUGACGAGACAUUCAGCAAGCUUGUGCGCUUAUCAGGAAUGCUGGUGCUGCCUUUCCUAAUCGGAGUGGUGCUGACAAAUGUACAACAGCUACAGUUGAACCACCCUCAUCUCCCUCAGGUAGCUGCUGCACCUGAGACACUACUAAAUGAAAUAAGAGUGGUUGAUCAAUCAAGUCACUUGGCGGAGUUUGCUCAUCCUUCAAAGUUGAGAAAAUUGGAGGAUGGAACAUCUGUGCCUGGAAUGGUUAACAACAGCACUACUGUUUAUACUGCUCUAUCGCAAGCAGUGGCUCCUAGUGGACCAUCAGGGAGCUAUAGUGCUGGUUCUGCUAGCUUUCAGCAACCAGAGAAUGAAGUGACACAGCUCACACCCAACGUGGAAUCAGCUCUUCUGCAGCAAGUAUUGCAGCUGACACCUGAGCAGCUGAGUUCAUUGCCACUAGAGCAGCAGCAGCAGCAGCAGGUGAUUCAGCUCCAGAAGAUGCUAUCAGCUGGUUAA